CGAGCCGGUUCUGUCGUCGGUAUGUCGUCGGGUUCGUCGCGAGAGUCCGAGGGGCAAGAACGGCGCGAAUGUCACAAUUUCUAGAGGACGAGAGAAUCCAUGUCGAGUCGGACGAGAUUUUGUUCUUUCGUGUUCUUUCAGACUCGGGAAUAAUUAAUUAAGGCGAGAGAAUCGAGCAAGAUUGAUAUUUCCAUCGCGCAUAAUUAAUGUAUUCGUGAAUGUCAUGCCGAUACUCGAAAUUAGACGUAUAUAAUGAUACAAUAACGAGCGAAAAGUUAGAGAGUUUUGUCCUCGAUUAUUCUAAAUGACAGAAUGAAUUUUCAUUAGUCCUCGCUGUCAUAGAUUUAUAAUAAUUUGUUAUGAAUGGAAACUGACUCGUUCCAUCAUUGUGUCCAUGACAUGUGAGAAACUGUGCAAUUUGCUUCUCUCUUCUUUUCUCAAACACGAAUAUUAUUCGAAUUUUGAAUAAUUACUUGAAGAUUCAACCUGUAUUAUGAAGGAUGCUACCUCCAGUUGGCCAUUUAGAUCAGAGAAUGGGCAAUGAGAGACCAGUGGUAGUACAAACUAGACGACAAGCCGCACAAGCGAGCAGGAUAUCGCCACCGAUUGACGACGAGCGCAACAUAAAUCCGGAAGCAGAAAAUACGCAGCCGAAUCCAUCACCGAACCGGAACACAAAUCGACGUGUCGCAUCCACGCAAGAUGUAAAUCGGAAACGUCGCGGAAACCUGCCUAAGGAUGCAGUAAAUAUUUUAAAACGCUGGCUCAACGAACACAAACGGAAUGCAUACCCGAAUGAAGCAGAGAAAGAGGCUUUGAGCAAUCAGACAAAGCUGUCAGUUCUUCAAGUGAGUACCUUUUUUUUUUUACAUAUUUUGUAUUAUUUUUCAUUGUGCAGAAACAACAUACAAAAUGCCGAACCUGCAUACUGGAGUGCUCCUCGUGAGCAUCUACUGACCGCACCAAGUGUUCAACAACACAUCGAAUUACAAAAUCGUGGCCUCUCAUCUCGCAGUUUAGAAAACGCAUAUUUUCAUCAACACAAUGGUGAUACCUUCAACAUGCUUGUGGAGCUUGCUGUAGAAAUGCCAUACGCCAUUUCACCUUCUGGAUCGCCAUCUCAUAAUCAAGCACCAUCAGCGACACCUUCACCCACUUCAUUGGCUGUUCCAUCACCAUUGACCGAAUAAGAUUUAUCAGAGUUGUCAUUAUUGUUAUUGUUUGUAUUAUUAACAGUGACUGCUCAAAAAUCGACGACAUAUAGAAAAUUUCCAUGAAAAUUGUGUAUUUAAGUAUAUUAUUAUUAGGUCUCUUUUUAGGCAUUGUCACUGGUACAUUAUUCAAAAAUUGUGUUCCUCAACAAAUAAUGUGAUUAAAGAGUACAAUUUAUAUGUUGAAUAUUUAUAAAAAGAAAUAAAAGGUAACAUUUUUGCCACAAAAAAAAUACAAAUUUUAAUGUUCCAACGACAAAGUCUAAAGUUUUAAAAAAAUAAUAUGUUCUCAAAAGCAUAAUUUUUACAGGAAUUUUCUGUAACGAUAAUAUUAAACUUUAUUAUAAUAUCUACAAGUUGAUGAGACACAAUUAUAUCAUUAUUUUACAUAAUUUUGGUGUUCUACACUCCAAUGACGUUUUGGAUUGUCGUAGUUAUCCUAUUUUCGUUUAUGUCCGUUUAUUAUUAUGUUUAUGUUUCAAAAAUUUUUAAAUGUAACAUUACAAAAUGUUUUCUAUUUACCCUCGCAAUUCGCAUUUACUUUAAAUAAACGCACGCGGAAGACAUCAGGACAAUGCAUUUCGUACAAAUUGCGUUCUCGAAAAAUCAUCUCUUAUAUAACUUUGCGAAAAAUAUAACAUUGAAUCGACAAAAAA